AUGGUUCUACCACAGUCGGAUUUGUACAUAGAUGUGGAGGACAUUGAAGCCAGUGGUUCUUCCACAGUUAUAUCUAUCUAUCUAUCUAUCUAUCUAUCUAUCGCUUUGUGUUCAUAUCUAUCUAUCUAUCUAUCUAUCUAUCUAUAUAUAUAUAUAUAUAUAUAUAUAUAUAUAUAUUCAGUCUGUUCAUUAUCUAUCUAUCUAUCUAUCUAUCUAUCUAUCUAUCUAUUUCUGUCUGUUCAUUAUCUAUCUAUCUAUCUAUCUAUCUAUCUAUCUAUCUCAUCUGUUCAUAUUUAUCUAUCUAUCUAUCUAUCUAUCUAUUUUAGUCUGUUCAUUAUCUAUCUAUCUAUCUAUCUAUCUAUCUAUCUAUCUAUCUAUCUAUCUAUCUAUCUAUCUAUCUAUCUAUCUAUCUCUGUCUGUUCAUUAUCUAUCUAUCUAUCUAUCUAUCUAUCUAUCUAUCUAUCUAUCUAUAUAUAUAUAUAUAUAUAUCUCAGUCUGUUCAUUAUCUAUCUAUUCAUCUAUCUAUCUAUCUAUCUAUCUAUCUAUCUCUAUCUAUCUAUCUCACUAGCUUUUCAUCUCUCUCUCUCUUUCUCUCUCUCUCUCUCUCUAUCCAUCUAUCUAUCUAUCUAUCUAUCUAUCUAUUUUCUUCACGAAAAAUUCCAAACGUCUAUACAUUGUUGUAUUUGUCUACAAGAUGCCUCCUUUUCUGAUGGCCUUCUAUCAAAAUAUCUUCUUGUUACACAUUUUCGUAUACCUGCAUCUCUGCUUGUCUACCAUUAUCAUUAUCAUGAGGUUAUACUUGUUUUAAUAAAACAAAAUCCUGUGAAAAUACCAUGUCUCUCAGUCACCCCCCCCCAUUUACCCGAAUGCGGCUACGUGUUUUUAGACACCGAGUCAUUUUUUGAUGCCAUCCGCAUUCAGCUUCUUUCGAUGCGUGAUUGUCCGGCAUCUUGUCGCCUUUAA